UGCAGAAGAUGUGUCAGGUUUGAGAUGGAGGAGGCAGCGACCCUAACAGAAUGGGCAUAUGAACGCUACAGCGAAGGGAAUCUGGGGAAGUUGGUGGAAAAUGACGGAGAAGCAAGAAAGAAUAUGGGGAGAGUGGAUAUGCUGGUGAAGAUGGUAAUGUGGUGUGUGCAGGAUGAGCCAUCACAGAGGCCUAACAUGCAUACGAUCACUAUGAUGCUUGAAGGUGCUGUCCUGGUUCCCGCUCCUCCAUGUCCUUUCCUAUAUAGUUUCAAGCCUUAAGAUUCAUCCAACACACACCCCAAGUUCCGGUCAACGAAUAUUAGGACUCAUAUAUUAGUUUACCAUUUUCUAUGUUACAACACAAUUGAAUGAAAAUUAAAAAUAAUAAAGGUAUUCAUUUAUC